AUGGGGAUCAAAGCUGCUCUUCCCAAAUAUGAGAUCUAUUUCUACAACACAGUGCUGUGUCUGGCCAUGUUCUGGGCUUCCAGCUGGAUCUUUGAGGUGUCCAGUUCGAGUGCAAACAGAAAAACCUUCAAAACCAGCGUGAAGCCAGGAUGGUACUACUUUGGGAGGAAGAUGGAUACGGCCGAUUUCGAGUGGAUGAUGUGGUUUUCCACCUUCAGAGAGCACAUCCUGUUUGCUCUCUCCGGUCAUGUGCUGUUCGCUAAGAUCUGCUCCAUGCUGGCUCCACAGUACAGGUCUCUGGUGUACCUGGUGUACGGGCUGCUGGCUGUGUGGACCAGUAUGGGUUGGACCUACAUCACCCUCAUCCUGUCCCACUGCAUCCUGCUCUACAGCAUCUCCUUAGUGAAAAUCCGCUGGCUUUGCUUUGUCACUGGUCUUUGCACCCUCGCUACAUUCAAGUGUGAACCCUUCGUCUCCUGGCAGGCGGGUUUUGUGGAGGGGGACUUUGAGCUGCGUCAUAUUCUCUUCUAUGGAGGUUGUGGCUUCACUAUAAUGCGCUGUAUGAGCUUUGCUCUGGAGAACUGCGAGAGGAAAGAUGGAAACUACAACAUCCUGGAGCUGCUCAAGUACAACUUCUACCUCCCCUUCUUCUAUUUCGGGCCCAUCAUGACCUUUGAUAAGUUUUAUGUUCAAGCCAACAAGUCAGACCUGACCAGGAAGGAGUGGGAGAUGUGGAAUAUCAGCGUGCAGGGCCUGAUUCACCUGGGAGUCAUCCUCGUAGUGGACGUCCUCUUCCAUUUCAUGUACAUCCUCAGCAUCCCCUCUGACAUGAAGCUGCUGAAGCACCUCUCGGACUGGGCUCUAGUGGGGUUGGCUUACUUUAACCUGGUGUAUGACUGGGUGAAAGCAGCUGUCAUGUUUGGAGUCAUCAACACAGUUUCCAGACUGGAUCAUCUGGACCCUCCCAAGCCCCCAAAAUGCAUCACUAUGCUCUACGUGUUUGCUGAAACCCAUUUUGACAGAGGGAUAAACGAGUGGCUAUGCAAGUAUGUGUAUGAUUACCUGGGUGGGAAACACGAGAAUGUGGUGGAGGAGCUGGUGGCGACGCUGUGCACCUUCGGCGUCACCAUCAUCUGGCUGGGACCCUGCGAGGUGGUGCUGAUCUGGGCUUUCUUCAACUGUUUCGGCCUCAACUUUGAGCUGUGGACCGCCAAGUUCUUCUCCAUGGAGCCCUUUGCUUCUUUUGAGAUGGCAAUGUCAGAAGCAAUGUCCCGCCGGAUCAGAGCCAUCUUUAAUACUUUCAACUUCUGGUGCAUCGUGUUGUACAACAUCCUGGCCUUGAACAGUUUGGACUUCUCCAAGUUGGUCGCCAAACGGCUGCUUUUCAAAGGCUUCCCUAUAACCACCAUCAUCGUCAUGUUCGUGACCUACUGCCUGAUUCAAGUGAUUAAGGAGAGAGAGAGGAGGCAGGCCCUUAUUGACGAUCCAGAUCCUCUUCCUCCUCCUGCUCCUGCUCCCCCUCCAAACGCCGCCACCAGUCCGACCGGCGCUGCAGCUGUACCCACCGCCGCUGCCGCUCAGCCACUCGCAGAUCCCAGCAAGGAAAAAGCCGAGUAGAUAUUUGAAGUUAAUAGUGAAGGACAGCCAACAGGAUUAUCACCAGGCCAGAUUUUAUUACAUGAAUUGUGAAUGGAUGCUCGGUUUCUGCUGAUGUAGAAAACAGCAUUAACUGUAAAUAAGUUAACCACCAUUUAACUGUCUUUAUACCUAAAAAGGAAAAAGUAGAGCCUAAUGGAAGACAUUUACUCAAAAUUCCAGUAUACUGUCUAGUAGCCACUGAACACUGUAGGGGAUGUCAAACUAAAUUCAAUUUUUGUCAAACUUUGUCAUUAAUACAGAAAAUAAACAGCAAAGAUUUGUUCAAA